CCCUCAGCACCUCUGCAUCAGGCAGAACUUUGCCUCUCUGCAGCACCCUGGCUCUUGAACUGGAAGCUGAGCUCUGAGGUUUGGAAUGUGACCCAGAGGUCCUGUGAAAUCCUGCCUGCUCUCUUUCACUAGACCACUUACUGUUGAGGCUGGAGGGGACACUUUGGCAAAUGAACUGCUCGGUAAGGGUCUAGCUGAGGGGCACUGAAAGAACACUUGAGGUUUACCCUUCAGGCAACUGGGCUUGCUCUACCCAGAACACCUUUUUUGUCCCUAACCCAGAUGAUGUGCUUAAUGGCAGUCACCCUAUAUUCGGAUCCACCUGGCAAGUCUAUUUGAGGUUAAGCUGAAAUAACAACUGAGUCCCUCAUUCUCCUUAAAGGGGUCAGCUGUCUCUUCUUGCCAGGAAUGGGUUUUGUUAAAGGCCUGUCUAUUCACCCUUCUGUCCCUGACAGCUCUGUGGUUUCAGAGUGCUAAUGAGCUCCUCUCCUUCCCGUCUCAGGCCUUGCUACUGCCUGGGGAAUUCACACAAAUGGUGUGCGAUUUGCCUCUUCUGUGUUUUCCUUUCUGACUUGGAGGCAAAGCAAAUCCCUCACCUCCCACCGACACCAUGUUUAUUCAACUGGGAGAGAUUUCACACCCAGGAACCCAGCUCUCCCUCCCUGAGCCCCUUCCCUAAAUCCUCAUCUCACUUGCAAGUCCUCCCACCCCUGUUCUCCCGGAAUAAUUUAUAAGACCAGGCAGGGCUUAUAUAAGGGUCUCCUAGGAAAGGCCAAGAGAGUGCAGAAGUUUCUGGGAAACAGAAGACCCCACAGCCCGACUGGCUUUGGUCACCUAAGAAUGGACUCUCCUGCCUGUGCUGCUUUCGCCACCCCCGUUCCAGCCCUGGCCCUGGCCCUAGCUUCGGCCCCAGCACAAGCCCCACUGGCACUCCCUGGCCUGCUAAGCCCAUCUCCUCUUCUCUCCUCUGGACAAGAAGUAGACAAGAGUGAAAGAGGAGCUUGUCUCUGGAGGCCCUGGCUGUCCUCCACAAAUGACUCCCUAAAGCAGAUGAGGAAGCUGGUGGAUUUGGCUGCUAGUGGGACAACAGCUGCUGAGGUCACCAAGGCUGAAUCCAAGUUCCAUCACCCUGUCAGGCUCUUCUGGCCUAAAUCUCACUCCUUUGACUAUCUGUACAGUGCUGGGGAGACUUUAUUGCAGAACUUUCCUGUCCAGGCAACCAUCAACCUAUAUGAGGACUCAGACAGCGAAGAAGAAGAAGAGGAUGAAGAAAAGGAGGAUGAACAAGAGGAGGAGAAGUAGGAGGAUGAUGAAAAGGAGCCAGAAGGGUGUGUGAGGGUUCCAGGGUCCAUAUCUUGCAGCGCCACAGCUCAUUCCUCUUCCCCACCUCUGGCCUAUCCAAAUGGAGGCAGCCAGAGUCUGAUUGGGGUUGUUUGUCAGGCAAGUUUCCACAGACUUCAAUUAACCAGGAGUAUUAGUUAGUCCAGCAGAUAGAGAUUUCUGGACUGACAAUUGGGUCCUCUAGCUGCCCAGCUCACCCUGGCUUACCUCACUGCCUUGUGAGCCCAGACCUCUGGCAUCUCAUUAUCUAGGCUGCUGUUGUGUUGACAAUGGGAGGGUUCUAGGAGCUCUAGAAAAAGGCAGGCUUGCUGAAGCCCCAGGAAGCAGAGCAGGACAGGACACGCCCUUGCAGAGGGAAGUCGUUACUCCUCAGGCCCUUUGACUCCCCAGCCUUCCCAGGUGGCCGUGUAGUCCCAUCUCUCUGUGGAAAGCCUGACUUCUGGCUUCACCCCCAGGAAUACCAACUGCAGAUCCAUGCAAGGUUAGGGUGCCUUUUUGAUGAGUCUUACAGGAAGGGAAGGGGGCGUGUAGAGAAUCGGAUUGCUCUGGAGAUGCCCCCUAUUUUGCCUGCUAUCCAUUGAAGUCUGUGUGUUGGCAUGAGAUGAAUCAGGAGAAAAAUAAACUUGAUGGUGUUUUUAUUUUUCUUGGAA